AUGCCUUCUCCCGCGGCAGGCAGAACCUCCAAUGUCCCAGAGACACCCACAAAGACCGGCAAGAGCCCUGCGUCAUCAUCUACUUCCAAGCUUACUGGUGAAGGCACUCCCGGUCGAAAACCGCCCAAGCUAGGCGCCUCGAGGGCGACACCCAAGAAACUCUCCGAGUCGGAGUCGCCGAAAGUGAAGCCCGCCGAGGAGACCACCAAGCCCGUAGAAGACAAGGGCGAGGAGGUCAAGGAUGAAGGCGAAGAAGCAAUCAGCAUGAAAGACACGGAAGAGCCUGGCGGAAAGGUCAGCCAACCUGGCGACGACACUGGCGCCGAGACCAGCGAGCUCUCCGAAGCCAACCCCGAGCCCAUCCCUGAAGACGAUGACGAGGAGGAGCAGGAGGAGGGAGAGGAAGAAGGUGACACAGUCCGCGGUGGCAGAGAUGCCGCCAAAGACGAGGGCACUGAAGGAGAGGGAGAGGAAGAGGAGGAGGAAGUCGGAGAAGAGGGUGACGCUGCCGAAGAGGCCGAAGACGAAGCCGAAGGCAAAGGAAAGGGCGCUCUUGGCGGUCUCGGAAAGGCCACCAGUGGUGUGGUCGGUUCCGGCAAGAAAGUGGCAGGCCGCGUGGGUGGAGCCAAAGACACUGCCACGGGCGCCGCCGGCAAAGCAUCCCAGGGCGACGUGAAAGGCGCCGCAGAGGAUACAGCUGGUGAUGCCCAAGACACAGCCGAAGAGACUGCUGGGGACGUCAAAGACACAGCUGAAGACACGGCGGAAGGUGCGAAGGAGACCGCCGAGGGUGCAGCCGAGGAUGCUGGAGACGUGCCUGAUGUCAAAGAGACCACAAACGGCGUCAAGGGUCAUGCCGAGGAGGUGGCCGACGACGUCGAGGAGACUGCAGAGGAAGGAGUCGAUGGUGCGACCGAGGGCCUGCCUGUCGACUUGUCCAUCCUGAAGGGUCUCAAGGUCAGCGAGAAUGGAGACAUCAAGGACAAGGCCGGCAAUGUGGUCGGCAAGCUAGACGAGGGCGACCCAGCCGAUCUCGAGGGUUACGAGAUUGCCGACGACGGUGAAAUUCUCGACGAGGACGGCGACGUCGUCGGUCGUGCAAGCGUCAUCCCGGAGAAAGCCCAAGAACUCGCCGGCGAAGCCACAGAAGGGGCCGAUGCCGAAGGUGCAGUCAACGGCGUCCACGAAACCGCAGAGGAUGUCCAGGACCAAGCGGAAGAAGGUGUCAACGGCGUCAAAGACACCGCAGAAGACGCCGUGGAGACGUAUCUUCCUGACCUCAACGUGCUCGACGGCCUGGAGGUCCAAGAGAAUGGAGACAUUCUGGACAAAGAAGGCAACGUCCUGGGCAGAAUCACCGAGGGCGAUCCUGCAGACCUGGUCGGCAUGACAGUCAACGCCGAGGGUGAAAUCCUGGACGAGGACGGCGACGCGGUGGGUCGUGCAGAGACUCUUCCUCAACCAGUCAAGCAAGCCGCUGAAGAAGCUGCCGGCGAACUCCCUGGCCUCGACGCACUAGAAGGUCUGGAGGUCCAAGAAGACGGAGCGAUCAAGGAUCAAUCUGGCAAGACCUUGGGUAAGAUCACCGAAGGCGAUCCGGCUGACUUGGUUGGGAGAACCGUCAACGCUGAAGGGGAAGUUUUGGACGAAGACGGCGAUGUCAUUGGCCGCGCCGAGGUCGUUCCUGAGGCCGCCGGAGCCCUGGAAGAAAAGGUCGAUGGCGCCCAGGAGGAAGCCACACCAGAAUUUGUCCAAGAGGCAAUCGAAAAGGUUGAAGGUCUCCAAGAUCAACUGAAGCCCAAUCUCACGAUUGUUGAAGGCCGCAAACUCAACAAGAAGGGCACCAUCCUCGACGACGAAGGAGAGGUCCUGGCCAAACUUGUGGAAGGCGAUGCAAAGGCCUGCGCCGGAAAAAUCCCCAACGAGAAUGGCGAGAUUGUCGAUAAAGACGGAAAAGUUAUCGGUCGCGUUGAGGUCGUCGAGGGAGAGGCUGCCGAAGAAGCCAUGAAAGAACUUCAUCCCGAGUUGGUUGAUCAGCUCGAAGAGGCGCAGCAAGCCGCAGAAGAGGCCGAAAAGGAGGCCGAGAAGCAGGCCGGGGAAGCUGGCGACCAGGCUGAUGUUGCCGGCAAAGCCGCGGACGCCGCUGAAGGCGCUGCUGACACCGCCGAAGGAGCGGCCGACGAAGCCAAAGAAGCGGCUGAUACGAUUGUUAAGCCGGACUUCACUCAACUCGAGGGCCUCAAGGUCAACAAGAAGGGUCAAGUCGUCAACGAAGACGGCGAUGCCAUUGCGCAGCUGGCUGACGGUUUCGACCUGGAAGCUGUUCGUGGCAAGAAGAUUAACGAGAAGGGAGAAAUCUUGGACAAAGAUGGCAAAGUCAUUGGCCGGGUUGAGUUCAUCCCUGAAGCCGUCGAAGAAGGCAUCGUCGAAACUGUUGAAGAAGCUGCUCCUGAUGGCCCUGAUACUUCGAUCCUCGAAGGCCUCAAAGUCAACAAAAAGGGUCUAGUGCUCAACGAGGACGGUGAUGAGAUCGCUAAACUUGUUGAGGGUGACCUUGCCGCCGUUGCUGGCAAGAAGCUCAACGACAAGGGCGAGGUUUUGGACAAGGACGGCAAUGUCAUUGGCAAAGUUGAGAUGAUUCCCCAAGAAGCUGAGGAAGAAGUCGAGGACGUUGGCGAAGAGGUUGAUGACGACUUACCUCCUCUAUCCAUCCUUGAAGGCCUCAAGGUCAACAAGUCUGGCAAGAUCGUCGACAACAACGGCAACAUUAUCGGCGAACUAGUUGAAGGUGAUGCCAAGAAACUCUGGAAGGCUGGCUUGAGCUGCGACGACCAAGGACAAUUCUGGGACAAUAAAGGCCAUGUUAUUGGCCGUGCUAAGACACUUCCUCAAGAGGACAAGGAAGAGGAAUCCCAAUUUGCGGGUCUUGAAGGCUUGACUGUUGUGGCCGACGGAUGGGUUGAAGACGAAAAUGGCAACAGGGUCGGCCGCAUUGUCGAAGGAGACCCGAAGAAACUCGUUGGCCGUGCAGUUGACGAAGAUGGCGACAUUAUUGACAAACGAGGAAACGUUGUCGGACACGCCGAGAGGUACGAGGAGCCGGAGCCGGAGCCGGAGCCAGAAGCUCAGACUGUCGACCUCUCAGAGCUGAAGGGUCUGACAUGCAACAAGCAAGGCAAUGUCAUCGGACCCGAUGGUGUUCCUGUCGCUCGCCUGGUCGAAGGCAAUCCUAAGGAACUGGCCGGCCGCAAGAUUGACGAGAAUGGCCAGAUCUGGAAUGACCAAGGCCAAGUUGUUGGCCGCUGCGAGCUCAUUCCUCCCAACGAACGUGAGGCCAAACCCGAAGGACCUUUUGCUGGUCUUGAAGGUCUUGUCGUUGUCAAGGACGGAUUCGUCGAGGAUCAUGAAGGGAACAUUGUCGGCCAGGUCGUUGAGGGAGACUGGAAGAAACUCCUUGGCCGUGCCGUCGACGAGGAUGGCGAUAUCAUUGACAAGUACGGAAAUGUCAAGGGCCACGUCGAGCCCUACGAAGUGCCCGAAGAAGAAGUCGUCGAGGAAGAUCUUUCCAGCCUCGCUGGCAAGACCGUCAACAAGCAAGGCAAAGUUGUGGACGAGCACGGCACUAUCUUUGGUGAGGUCGCCGAGGGUGAUGUCAAGCGUCUCGUCGGAUGCAAGGUGGAUGGCAAAGGCCAAAUCUGGUCCAAUGAUGGCAGAGUCAUCGGCCGUGCCAGACUCAUUGCCGGCGGUGAUGACGGUCGUGCUGAAGGACCUUUCUCCAACUUUGAAUCUACCACCGUCGACAAGGACGGCUUGGUCAAGGACGCGAGCGGAGAGAUUAUCGGUCGCGUCACCGAGGGUGAUAUCAAGAAACUGGUUGGCCGCAAGGUGGACGACGAUGGAGAUAUCACCGACAAGAACGGUAACGUCAUCGGCCACGCCGAACGGUGGGAACCAGAAAAGAAGGAACGAGAAGUCUCGCCUAUGUCUGGUCUCCGCGUUAACAAGGAGGGUGAAGUGCGUGAUCGCAAUGGCGACGUUAUCGGCAGACUGACCGACGGCAAUCUGCUCGCUUGCAUUGGCAAGGAAAUCAACGACAACGGCUAUGUGGUCGAUCAGGACGGUAACAAGAUUGGAGAAUGUACAUUGCUCGAAAACAUCCCCGACGAGGAGGAAGUCGAAGAGGGUCCAACGCCCGAACAAAUGAAGGAGGAAGAGGAGCGUGAAGUUGCAAAGAAGAUUUCCAACAUCAUCAACCAGACUCUGGAGAAGAUGGAGCCUAUCUGCAAGCAGAUUACAGAGCUGGUGGAGAGGGCCGACCGCACUCCCAAGGACGAGCUCGACGAAGAAAAACUCGUGCAAGAUGUCAAGCCUCUUAUUGAAGAAGGCUCUCGCAUCUUGGGCGAAUGCAACGGUGCGAUCCGUGGCCUCGAUCCCGACGGUCACAUCGCGGCCAACGCGAAAGCCAAGGCCGCCAGCGGCGAAGCUUCCCCCGAAGAAUACCGCGUCGCGGAAGGACUGAAGGAGCUCACCACGCAGGUUGUCAAGACCAUCGACAACGCUAAGAAGAAGAUCGCGGACAUGCCGCACGCGAAAAAGAAGUUAAACCCCCUGUGGGCGCUAUUGACCGAGCCGUUGUUCCAGAUCAUCGCCGCCGUCGGCCUGCUGCUGAGCGGUGUCCUCGGGCUGGUGGGCAAACUGCUCAACGGCCUGGGUCUGGGUGGUUUGGUGAGUGGUCUCUUGGGCGGCUUGGGUGUCGACAAGCUGCUGGGCGGUCUGGGUCUGGGCAGCCUGGCGGAAGCCAUGGGCCUCGGCGGUGGAAAGAAGAAGAAAUAG